AAGGUGAAGGACCGGUGGGGUCCGAGCGAUGUCUUGUAAGUGGCGCCAUCCAGUCGCGAGGCGUUCGCCGGGCAGGGAGGAGGUGGCUGCGUCGUCCGCAAGGAUACGUCGUCGGUUACCGCGACGCCGCCGCGGUUCGCGCAGGCACAGGUACGAAGUGCGCGCGUUUUCGAGGCGGUAUCACGAAAAGCGCAGGAGUGGCGUUUCUACGUAUCGUUCAGAUAUCGCUGCUACACACCGUGGUUAACGUGCAGUGAAUAAUUCGAGGUUCGUGGCAUCGACGUAAAGAGAAGACCACGAAAGCAGAAGAAGAAGAAGAAGAAGAGGAAGGCGAAGGAAAAAAAAAGAGGGAAAAGGAAGGGAGAUAGAGCAGUUGUAUCGCGCGGUGCAGUGCGAAAAGUGUUCGCGAAAGGGGCCCCUUGCUUCCACUCGGUUGUGUGGGUGUGCAUGCGUGUGCCAGGCAGGCACGUAGAACGUUGACUAGUGACACACGGUGUUCGAAAACGGAGAGAGAAAGACGAAUAAACACGGGUUAGCCGGAUGAUAAUCCUAGUGAACGGUGUGCGGGUUUCGUAAAAGGUGCGUCAAAUGACAGUGAGGUGAUCAAUGUGCUUGAAACAUGGCUGAGGAGCUGGUGGUCACCCUGAACCGCGGCGACUCAUCCGGAUUUGGGUUCUCGCUCCUCGGUACCGCGGGUUUACCGCACGUCAUCUACGACAUCGUCGAGAAUUCGCCGGCAGCGACGAGCGGCAAGGUCGAGGCCGGCGACGUCAUACUCAGGGUGAACGAAGUCGAUGUCAACCGAUUCAGCACUAAAGAAGUGUUGAAAUGUCUGCGGCUCUCGUCGGACCCCGUCACCCUGAAGCUACGGAGGGAUCCUGCAAUCAAAGCGCACGUGCGUCGUUUAUUGUCACCUGGUCAGCCAGCCUGCGACGAGACAGACUCGUCGAAGAUCACCCACGAGGCGGCCACGAUCGCGAAUAACCCGAAAUCGGCUGUGUCGUCGGGAAACGGCGAGGAUACCGAGCCAAGGAAACCUGGUACCCCGGAACUUCCGAGUGGAUCUCCUCAGGAACCCACCAGUGCGACGCAAUACGCGACGAGAAGCAACGGUUCGUAUAGCGAUGCAUCUGGUUCCUCCGAGUUAGAAGCGCUGCUUCCGCCAGUGGACAGCUUCAAGGAGGAAGAACGAGCCCAAUGGGAACCUCUGUCAGCUGAUAAAUUCACCAGGCAGAAGAAUACGCCUAGGUUCGAAGCGUACAUGAUGACCGGCGACCUAAUGCUGAACCUGUCGCGCACUCAGCAGAGCACCGGUCUGUUGCCGAAGCACCAGAAGAAGGUCGACUCCCUGAGGUACAACAAUCAUCACACCCACCAUCACCAUAAUCACCACAAUCACCACCAUCAUAACUCGGUACCCACCAGUCCUAACGAGAUGCUGGGCCAUCACCGUGCUUACAAGUGUACCGGUUCGAAUUCGGCCAGCACCUCACCGGUCGGGAUCAACAAGCGUGACGGCGGACAGUGUCCAGGUCAGGCCGAUAAUAGCAAACAGAACGCGUCGAGUUUCGGUUACUCGAGCGGCUUCGUACGUACGUCGCGGUCCGAGGAUCACUUGCAAUUCCAAAAGGAUCCGUCGAUGAGCGCUGUGGACAUCGACAUCGACGACGACGUCACGUCCAGCUUGAACACCCUGUUGGACACGCGGCCGGACAGCGGUCAGGGUUUGUCCAGCGAGAGGAUCGUCUGGACGUACAACGCGCCUGUUAGCUCGCCGUCCGCCUCGGAGCGCACAUCCUGUUGUCAAAACGGCAGCUCGUCCCAGUCCUCCUCUAGUAGCUCCUCGACGGAGGGUACUAGCCCGCAGAGAUCCUUAUCGCCAGCCUCCCCUACCUCGGUCUCGUCCUCCGUCAUGUCCUCCAAUUCUGGAUCCCGUAGGUUCCCACCGCCGGUACCCACGGGCACCGCAUCGUCAGCCCUGGGACCAUCCGGCGACGGAACCGCAUCCUCGGCCUCCGGCCUUCAUCCCACCAACGGCGACCUCAGCCAGUCCGAGGCGAUCAGCAACAUGUCCAGUCCCGACUACAACGACGAGGAGACUAUGGACAUACUCAGUGCACGCGAUAUCAUGAUGGUCAGUGAUCCGAGUGACAGUGACUCGACGAUACUGGCCAGUGAACCUCCUCAGAGGAGGCUCAAGGCGAACCCACCAAAUUCUUCCACUUACUCAUCUGGUCAGGACACGUCCGAGCACAGGAUAGUGAUACAGGUGAAAGGACCGGACAAGGAUACACCGUCGUCGAGGAACACCAGCCCUAGACAGAACAGGCGGCGAGGAAAUCCUGAGCUGGUGUCCACGUCUUCGGGUCAGAACGUUCAGCGAUCCAACAACGCCGGGAUCGGCAAUGUCUCUGAAUUCGUUGGGUACCAGGAGUUGAAGGAAUGCGAGGAUGAAAGGGAAGCGUUGAACGCUGGAUUGUACGACGAGAAACAUGCCGGAGCCUCGCCACCCCAGUCGGCUGACGAUGAAAGCGACAUCGAGAGCCUGCAUAGUUUCCAUUACAGCCCGAAGGCGGUGGAUUUACCGUCGGCCGUUCGAUUGGCUAAGAGAUUGUACUCUUUGGAUGGGUUCAAAAAGUCCGACGUCUCUAGACACCUUGGCAAAAACAACGAUUUUAGUACAGCCGUGGCUGAAGAAUACUUGAAACACUUCAACUUCGAACAUGACACGCUGGACGUGGCUCUCAGAAAGUUCCUUGCCCAAUUCUCUUUAACGGGAGAGACUCAGGAGAGAGAAAGGGUUCUUCAACAUUUCUCCAAGAGAUUUCUCGAUUGUAACCCCGGCGCAUUCAAUUCUCCUGAUGCUGUUCAUACAUUAACUUGUGCUAUAGUGCUGCUCAAUACGGACCUCCAUGGUCCACAUACCCAUAGAAAAAUGUCUUGUAACGCUUUUAUAGAAAACCUGUCGGAAAUGAACGAGGGUGAUAAUUUUCCUAGGGAGGUGCUAAAGCAACUCUACAACUCCAUUAAAUCGUUCCCCUUGAAAUGGGCCUUCGAUGAAGGAAGCGAGGGAACUACGAAUCAGCCGAUUCAACAGGGUGACGGUCCAGCGAUAUCUGCGACCGGAAAUCCGUUUCUUGAUGUGCCAAACGUUACGGGUGCUACAGAGUUUAAAAAGGGUUACGUUAUGCGAAAAUGUUGUUUCGAUUCCAAUGGAAAGAAAACUCCGUUUGGAAAACGAGGCUGGAAGAUGUAUUAUUGUACAUUGAGGGAACUUGUAUUAUAUUUGCACAAAGACGAGCAUGGCUUCCGUAACGAUAGUUUACACAAUGCGAUACGAAUCCAUCACGCGUUGGCUACCAAGGCGUCCGACUACACGAAGAAACAACACGUCUUCAGGUUACAAACAGCUGAUCAGGCAGAGUAUCUCUUCCAAACGAGCGAUUCCAAAGAAUUACAGUCGUGGAUCGACACGAUCAACUUUGUCUGUGCCAGUUUCUCUUGCCAACCGUUAGCAGGUGCCGUUGGUUCUCAACGAAAAUUUCAACGACCCUUACUUCCAUGCAGCCACACUAAAUUAUCUCCUAGAGAACAAUUACGGGACCACGAGGAGAGAGUGAGCAAAUUGGAGGCCGAGUUGGAGGAACACAGGCGACAUCCACCUGAAAGAGGAGCGAAAGCUCUCACUGUACAAAAUUAUAAGGAAAAGGAUUCUUAUUUGCAUCACGAGUUGAAGAGGUACAAGACGUAUGCGUAUUUACUACGAUCAAGAUUGGCAUUCACUGAGGUGGAACCGUCUCUGGUGGAGAGCAGUAUCGGUGAAGUGGACGAAGGAAGCGGGGCUAUGUUGAAUUCGGACGUGGCUCUGGUACCACCGCCUGUUCCUGAUCGACCAGCCAUAAAUAGGUACAGUUACAGGGCUGCCAUUUACAACCGUAAUCUGCUAAACGGUCAGGACUACGGCGGGGACAUUGGUUGACGUGUGAUGGGUGUAUUUUCAGCAUGUGUGGUCUAAUCUGACCUGCGUAAGCGCAGUCAGAAGCAACUGCUGAAAUCUGGAAGAAUAAAAUUAACGAAAGAAACACACGAACUAACGAUGUAUUCGACGCAUCACUUGUUAAGUACUGUACCAUUAACGUACCGUGUACUACUCACAUUCUCUUUUACUAUAUUUAAUCGUAAUUUAUCUCAGCGGCCAUUAAAACCGGUAGUGGGUAGCAUUCGUACGCAACGCUCUAUCACAGCAGCAUUUUGGAUCUUCUCGUUUGAAACAGUUAUUCAUAUAUCGCUUGCGUUCAUUGUUCUUUUGAAAUUGAUUCAUCAAUCGGCUCAAUUGUAUCGGGUUUGUCGAUAUGUUUUUUCUAUGAUGCAUUCGAAAGCUGCUGUUUUAAGCGUCUAUUCCAAAGAGUGGUUUAACAAAUGUGGUGAUUGGGUCAGGGUUCGCACCUAACUCAGCGUAGUGUAAAUGAUUCACUAAUUAUACUCGAGUAGAUUGUUAAAGCGUUGAUGAAAAAAAAAAAAAAGACUUGGCAAGGCCCGACUCAUCAGACUCGUGCCUUGACUGAAGAUAAGACCAGUUUACGUAUAGAACAAUCCUAAACGAUAGGAUGACAUAAGUGUUCGAGCGUUACGGACAUCGUGAAAAAAAGAAAAAAUUACACAUGGAUACGACAGAUGUAACCAUCGUUCAAUUAAUCUCGAUCUAAGACUAACUGUAUAAACAAAAAAAGACACAAUAAUACGAAAAACUAUGAGCAUGGUUUUUAACGAUUGAAUCGAACUUUUUCUUAAAUAUAUCUCGUGACCAUUCAAUCUAACACGUUUCUGUAUUAAAAUUAUAGUUGUAUAGAAGAUCUUCGUACGUCGAAAACAACAGUUGUUAAAUCAUUGAUGUCAUAACUGCGUUUAACGUGUAUCAUUGUGUGAAAACAAACUGCACGGUACUUUGUUGCUAUAUCAAACUGUGUCUGUCUUCGUACAAAAAAGUAUAAUUACUACUCGAAGCAUUCCCUGGUGCAUUUGGUUUUCUGCUUUUUUCUUUCUUUUUGAGUUCGCUGCUAACAUUUGUAACAUUAUUUUAAAUGGUUCACUGGUUGUGUCGGGCGAUUGGUAAACAACUGCUUGUUCUUAACUAUUUUCAAGAAACAUCAAACGAGUGCAUUUCCUGUUUUAUUUUAUUUUUCAUUUUCUAUCAUGCUACUUACUACAUGGAAUAUAACAGACUGUCGUAUGGAUAAUUCUAUGAUAGUUACAACUUCCAGACGAACUUUCUUUUUUAUUACUAUCUUAUAAGGAUGUAGAAGUUUUUAUUGGUGAAAAGAACGGUAUGUUUUAUGUAAACGUGAUUUUUAUAGAUUUAUUAACCGAAGAGUUCAGGGGUACGAACAAACGACGAAAGUGAUAUUUUGUAAAAUUCCAAAGUACUUUACGAUCAUUGUUGAAUAUUUAUUUAGAAUUAAAGUAGAUGUUGAACACAGAUUUCUUUAUUUUCUAUACGUAUAUUUAAAUAGAAGAACACGCUUUCUUUUACACGAAUUCAAAAUAAUAUUCUCUUGUUCAGAGACAAAGUUAAACAGUAUUGUGUUCUGCCUUUUCAGUUUCAUUAUUGGUUUGCAACCAAGCUGGUAUACGUCUGAAAGAGGGUAAAACGUCGAUGACGAGUUAUGAAAGUUAAGACUGGAUUUAAAAAAAAAAAAAAAAGAUAUUCAUGUGCAUAUUUAAAGUUUUCCAAGUAAACUUCAGGUGCAAUGUAGGCUUCUUUUGGUCGAGGGUAAAGGUAGAGACAGGAACCAGCUAUCAUUUGCCUUUAAUCUUGGGAAAAACCUGGGAGAGCCUAAUCUAAAACCUCCUGCCCUCGCAUAUAAAAGAACAUGAAUAAAUAAGGCAAGUAAUGAGACGUUUCUUCCCCUACAUUUCCUUUUGACCAAAGGAAGCCUAAAUCGCAGCCAUGCAUCACGAUUAAAUUGUGUAUCAGCCAUUUUACACGUAUAAAUGUACGAUAUAUUUUUGUAUUUGGUACACAUUUCGCCAACAGUUCGAUCUAUUCUAUUUGAUAAGCCUCCUUCGAUUUCCAUGCGUUUAAUCGACAUGUUUUCUGUGAUCGCGUUAUCGUUGCUUUGCGUUCUGUAAAUUGGUUGAUACGAAUGUACAAUGUUAUUCGAUAGGUUUAGUUGAGGAUAAAAAAAAAAAAGAAGAAAAAGAUAAUGAGAGAAAUAUCGAAACUUACGUUUUUCUCAUAUUAAAAUUACUCUAUCGCAGAUAGGAAACUACUGUAGGCCUCACAUUAUUCUAAUCGCUGUUCUGAAUUUACGUUUAGAUGCAUAACAAGUAGCAAACUUGUCGAAAUUAUUCUAGCAUUUUUCAAACAAAUUAUACAAUACUGUAUAUAUAUAUAUACAUGUAUGUAUAUAAUGUGUACAUAUAUGCAAAUAUAUAUAUAAGUAUACAGGAUAAUCAUUCUAGUAUAAAAGUAUUAUGUAACAGAUUGAAUGCUUUUUCAAUAAGCUAGCAUGGUUUUUAUAAGACUUAUAUUGUACUAAAAUUUGUUGAUCAAAGAAUUUUUGGUAUUACGUUCUUUGGGAUGUUUUAAUUACAUUUGACAAUUGUUUGAGAAUAUUACUCUUACUGUUGUUGUUGAUUGUUACUGAAAUUUCUAAGAAGUUGAUGAUUGAAUCAAUCGUUUGAUUUAUCAAGGAAAAAGCAUUAACAAGUGUUAUGGAAUUCUUUUAUGCCAGUAUUUUGAGACUAAUAAAGCGAUACUUUAAUCUUGGAGAAUGAAUAUUAGGAUCUACUGAUUUCUUACCUUUCAGUUUGAAAAGAAUGAAAAAUCAAAAUCUACGUAUUUCUUUUUAGUAAUUUUGUACGAUAUAUUGCAAGCGUAGCUGAGAAGUUUUAGAGCUAAUUUCUUUCUUUCUUUUUUUUUAUAAAUUUGUUGACUAGUCGAAUUAGCGUGUUUCUAGGUAUGGUUCCUGUAAAUCAUAUUGCUGCUCAGUAUCUACGAGUUCUAUUAAUUUAAGUACAUAAAUAUAAAAUAUUAUAUUUCGUUACUUUUGUACUUUCAAUGUAGAUAGUCGACUUCGAUUCUCUGUUUGCUAUUUAUUAUUAACAUCAUUCAUAUUUCUUUUUGGUAUCGUUCUUGAUAAAGUCGUUCACGCUACAUCUAAUCAUAGUGUACACUAGGCCCCUUGUACAUAAAACUGUAUUAUAUGUGGAUAAUAACGAUUAUUAUAAACUAUAUAAAUGCUAAUGGCAAUAAACAGUCUCCAAAUUACAUAGA